AUGUCCUCUACUGCUAUGGACGACCUCAAUCAUCUCGAGACCCAUGUCCGGUUGUGUCGGGACGGUCAGGAUGCUGACGCUGGAUGUGCCGAGACGCUAUUUGGCAACGACUACUACCAAAUCCCCUGCACUACAAGGAGCCGUGUGCGAGCCAUCGACGAGCGGUGGGAAGAAGUGAACGUCAGAGCGACCAACACUCUCGACAACAUCGAAGAGGAUGACUUGGACGAGAAGGACCCAGGCAGGAAACGAAGGAGCUCGAACCCCGUGAUCGACAAGCGUAGAGAAGCAGCGCGCAAGUUCUCUCUGCGCGGGACCCACGAACGCCCUCCCACGAAAAUGCUGGAGAUAUCCGGGGCCACGGCGUGGCGCAACGAUAUCGGGGACUCCGGGCGCGCGGUGACGCGCGACGAGCGAGUUGCGAUGGCGCUGGCACAGUCUCACGAGAACCUCGCGGCGGCGGCGGUGAGGUUCGAGGAGUCUCAAGAGAGAAGCAGCCACCUGCUUGGUGGGCUGCGUGGCUGGCUGGACAGGUUUACGGGUACAGCGAGGCCGGAGGACAUCAACCCCAUUGCGGCGAUGCUGCCGGAAGCCGGGCUGGAAGACGAGGUGGUGGCCCUCAUGACAGACUGCCAGGAUGCCGCCCUCAUGCUAGAGCACUCGACCAACCGGCAUACGGAGCAGCUGCGGGAGAUAUUUUGCCAGGCUGGAAAACUUUACGGCUCCGAGAUUGACAAGGUCCAAAAGAAAGGGUCAGCUGCUUCAGGAGCGGCGCGCGAGAAGAUCGCGGGUCUCCAGGAGCAUGCGAACAAGGUGGAGGCGCUCCUCCAAUCCAUGCAGGACGAGCGAGCAAAUCUUCACACAAAGUUUUCGGGGGCCGAGCAGCGCUGCCGCUGGCUGGAGGAGCGCUAUCGAGAGGACAAAACAAGACUUCAGGAGGGGAUUAGCAAUUACAGGGAGCCACGUCUAGCCCCGCUGCUCGACAAGCUGAAAGCUCCAGCAUCAGCUACUGACGCCGGGCAGCUGCGGCAACUUCAGGCUGAAACCGCAAGGCUGUCUACUGAAAACGCCGCGCUGACCGAGGCGAACAAGAAGCUGUACCGCGAUCUGGUGGUGUUGAGGCUGGCCGAUCAAGGCGGGAAGCGGUCAGGCCGGCGAGGAAGCACCUUUGCGCCGAGUGAUUUGGAUACGUUGAGCGAGACGAGCACGGCGUCUGUCCGAGACGAUCGCUCCAACAACGCGGCAGCAGAGCAGACGCUACGCAACGCCAGGGAACAAUCCGCGCAGGCCGAGAAGGCGCUCUUAGAAUCAAAGCGUGAGAAUGAGUUGCUUACCACCCGCCUGCAAAGCUUGAGCGCGGAGCUGGAGAAGGAAAAGAACAAGAAAGCUACGACGGUUGUCAACAGCCCCGCCCCCGACGCCGUGGAAGAGGGCCUCCGAGGAGCCAUUCGCGACCUCAGGAGGCAGAGCAGUGGGCAGCUCUCGGAAGAGGUCGAAGCCCGCCGCAAGGCCGUCGGUGAGCUGGAGGCCGCGCUGGAGCAGGCGCGGAAGAAGGAAGUGGCGGCCGCAGAGGCCAACGCGGAGCUUUCGAACCUGCGAUUGGAGCUGGCAAAGACGCAAGAGCAAGUGCAGGCUCUUCACGAAUCCGCAGCUACGGCCAAAGCACUCGCGGACGCUUCGGCCUCGCUGCCCCCGGAGCCGCUCCCCCUGUCGGAGGCGACGGAGGCACCUGCUGCGGAGACCACGACACCGUCACGGGAUACUUCGGAAGAAAUCAAUAUUUUGCAGCCGGUAGACUACGACGGGCUGGUAGACAGAGCCCUGAGUCAGGAGAAAGUGGGGCUAGGAGAGCUUAGGAGAAAGGCGAAGGAUGCGGGCGUGACCCAACGCCACUGCGACAAGGCCGACAAGAUGUUCUCCGAUGUCGUGGACUGUUGCGGGAACGGCUUGUCGUCUGUCGAGAGUAUCUUGGAGGGGACGAAGACGAUCGUGGAUGAAGAUGCGUCGAGCAUCCAGGAAGCCUUGGCCGCCGCUCUGGAGAGGGCCAUAGCUUCGUCAUCUGUGCUGCUUAAGGAGGCCCUCGUCGGUCGGAUCAGGGCAUGCGAGGCCGAGAAAAAGGUAUCGCUGGAGCAGGAAGCCGCCGAAGAGGAACGGGCGAAGGCGGUGGCGCUGUCCCAAGAAAAUAUGGUCCUAGUGGACGAGCUCCAGCAGCACCUUGUCCAGGUACGCACGCUACGGAAGGAAGUUGGGGCUCUACGGCAAGAAAACCAGCAUGCCCGCCUGCAGCAGCAACACCAAGAGGAGAUGGCUGAGGCCGCCGGAGGAAUGCACGCCCAAGACGCCGAAGCGAACCCACCUCCACACGAGGAGGUGAUUGAUAUCGCUGCUCCCCCCUCCCCCCAUGCAGCAGCCGAAGAAGAACCGCCACCUACCGUCGUCGCCGAUGAUACCGGGACGUGGCGCCGCCGAUACGAGCACCUGGCGGGGCUGUUGGCCGUACAGACGAAGCAAAAUAGCGCAAUGGCGAGCCGACUCGCCACUUCUGGCAGAACAGGACCGUCGUCUUCUAGGCGAUCAUCGCCGCGGCGGCGGAUCGUUCCUCCUGCGGAAACGCCGUUGUCGUUGGGAACACCUACGGCUAGCCCGGAGGAACGGCUUCCCCACUCUACCGGCCCAAGCACUGCCGUGUCGAAGAAUGGCGGUGCAAAGCCGAGGUCAUCACCAAAACGCGCCAACAGGUCCUCGAACACGAGCCCGCGUCCACCUUCGCCUGCCAUCGCCGAAGUCAGUGGGCAAGAAGUCGGAACGGGGUCUCGCGCGACACUCGUUUCGACAGGGGUUUCAGCUUCGAACAGCCCUCCUCCUCUUGUUGACACUGCGACCACCGUCGGAGUUAGUGACGUCCGUGUUGGUGCUCCAAGAAAAGCGAGCGUGGACAGCGGGGUGCAGGUUGGAGGCGGUCCCACACAGCCUGUGGUCGAGACAUCGGACGGCGGGACGCAGGCCGACUAUGACGGUGUGGCAACGACAAACGAUGCCGACGUUCCCGUUUCUCCCGUCGUCGCGCUAGCACAGCCCAGCGACAGCAGCAACGCCGAGAGCAACAAUGGAAAUCCCGCAGUCGAGCAACCUGAACCGAGCAAAGCCCCCUUCGUUGAGGCCGCGGAGACUCAAAGCACUGCUGCUGCCGAAGAUAAAUCGAAAGGUAUUACUGCCGAAGAGGAAUCGAAUGGCACGCUUCAGGCGCAGGAGGUCGCGGAGGGGUCGGACAACCGUGCCGACCAAGACGGGAGUGCCUCUACCACUGCCAUCAUGGAAGCAACGGACGGGAUGGUGCCGGCGAAGAGACCGGAGACGGUGGAAGAUCCUCGAGGUGAUGGCGCGCUUGAACCCGAGAGGGAAGAACAGGUUGCCGGUUCGAGCAUCGUGGAGACGAGGGAAACGAGGGACACAAGUGCCACGACCAAUGGGGAGGGUGGGAAGGAGAACGGAGGGAAGGAGGAGGGUGACGAGGUGAUGGAACAUGGGGAGCGGAUGGAAAAUCGAGUCCAAGAUGACGAUGAUACUGAUCACCGCAGUACCGACAGCCGGGGGUCGCGCGGCUGUGAUACGAGCACCGCAUCCCCCACCGAUGCCGGCCCGGACGGGCGCGGUCGUGAUCGAUAUGAGUCCAUCGACGGCGAGGCGUUGCUGGGUAAGCUAUUGGAUGAGGAAACGCCGUCGGCCGCGUUUGAAGACGACCACCAGAAGCUGCUGCACAAGCUCAUGCGGGUUCGGGACGACGAGUACGAACGAGACAAGGUGUCAGCCCAGUCAUCCCUUAGCUCGUCUUCUUCUUCGACGGAGUGUCUCGAGUGUCCGGUGCUGAGGGAAAGCCUUGCCGAGCGAUCAGCGGAGGUGGAGAACGCGCGGGAACAGGCAAGGAAGUUGACAUGCUAG